UUUAGUUAUUAUUUAUCUUCUACAAUUCAUCGAAGCAUAAUAUUAUUACUAUUAAUAUUGAAACUAACAAUUGAAUCUAAAAGAAGUGAAUGAAUGAAUGAAUUGGAAGUGCAUUGAUUAGGGUUUGAGAAUGGGUCGAAGCUUGUCACGUUCGCCACCUCCAUACAGAAGAAGACACUCCCGAUCUCGAUCUCCGUCUCCAUCUCAUCGCCGAAACCGACGCCACCGUAGACACAGAAGCAGAACCUCUUCUUCACCCUCUCCUCCACCCAGAUCACGCACUCCCUCUCUUAGACACAAAAAACACCAUCCUCCAACCCUAAACAACAAAAGUAACAAGGCUCCACUUGAGGAGGAUUUGGAACUGUUGGAAGAAGAUACUGCAAGAAGAAUAGAAGAAGCUGUUCGAAGAAAUGUGGAGGAGAGGCUUAAGUCUGAGGAAGUCAAGUUAGAAAUAGAAAGGCGCAUAGCAGAGGGAUUGAAGAAGAAGUUUGAUGAUGUUGAAAUUCAACUUCAAAAAGAAAAGCAGGAAAUGCUUGCUGAAGCUAGAAGAAAAGAUGCACAAGCUCGAAAAGAGAGAGAAGAGCUGGAUAAGAUGCUUGAAGAGAAUAGGAGGAGAGUGGAAGAGUCUCAGAGAAGAGAAGCUCUAGAGCUACAACGGAAGGAAGAGGAACGACAAAGGGAAUUAGAGAUGAUUCGGAGACAGAAAGAAGAGUCUGCUCGGAGAAAGAAACUCGAGGAGGAAGAGCAUGCUUAUCAAAACAAUUCUAUGGGCAGGAACAAAUCUAGGGCUAACUCUUAUGGUUUGUAAUUACUAUUAGGCAAUGUCAUUCUAUACCCCCAAACUUAUCUUUACGAAUGUACCUUUGUUAGGAAACCGUGAUAUUGAAUGAAAAAUUUGAUACUCCUACAGUUGAGCUUGCAAGUUUGAUUACAAUUGACAAGAUCAAAGAAAUUUUUUGAAUGUUA